GCACGCAGGUCGCCAGCUCCAUCGCGGGGGAUGUGCGCCACUCGAGGCUUCGAGAACACGCCACGCUCGCUCGAACGCACAGCAAACAAAGUUUUUUUUCUGCGGCGCGCGCGUUUUUCCGACCACAACUUCGGCGUACUGUCGGAAUAGUUUAAAACCAUGUUCGGCCGUUGCGCACCACUUGACGCUGCAAGUUUUUAAAUGAAAUUUCGUGUGAGUGCGCGUCGAUGAUGACUUUGUAAAUCAAUGCCAACCACUUGGGCCGCAUUAAAAUUUCGCCGGAACUAAAUUAAUCACGUGAGAUUUUCAAGCGGAUAAAAACUAUUUUCUCAGUUUUUUGCACCUGACAAAUAUGGACGACGACCUGGAGGAGUCAACCACGCGCGGGCACUUGAGACGCAGCGGCGGCGGUGGCGGCGGUGCAGGCGGUUGUGUCACGCGUAUUUUCUGUAACCGGACCGGCCUUCUGGUGCUCGUCGCCGGCUAUGCGCUGAUGGGCGCGUUGUUGUUCAAGACGCUCGAGGGCGGCCUCGACUCGCCGGCGCACAGCCAUCCAGCGCCGCAGAUUCAGAAAUCCAGGGAGGACUGCCUCCGGGAGCUUUGGUUAAUAACAGAACGCCUAAACGUCCUGUACGAGAAGAACUGGACGAAGCUGGUCACCGAGCAGUUGAAACGCUUUGAGAGGGCCGUGGUCGAAUCGGGUAGGACGAGUGCAUCGACAGUUGCAGGAACACAGUGGACCUUUGGUGGAGCUCUUCUGUAUUCCCUCACGCUCUUAACUACUAUAGGGUAUGGCAGACUUUCUCCGCGCACUGCAUUGGGGAAAAUUGCAGCAAUAUUCUAUGCACUCAUCGGCGUACCGUUGAUGCUGGUCCUGCUGUCGGCACUCGGUUCACUGCUUGCCGGCGGCUGCCGCCGCGUUUAUUCGAAACUAUGCUGCAAACACAAAGUGCCAAAGUCGUCACAUUCCCACUCGGUGGUUGGCUAUCACAAAGCAAGCACGGGAGCAAUGUCGACUUACAAUCACACCUGCAAGAGUCACCACGACGACUGCGCUGCGAUACAGAUAACGUCCUCCCAGAACAAUUGCCACAACAACAAGCACAUGAUGGAAUACCAGGAUCAUCUGGAGCCGCCAAAGAAAACAAUUCUAGCGACGGUGCGCACUUCACAUGCUCGUGGCCGAUGCAGACAAAUGCAGGUGCGACAGAUGCUUGCUGAUCCACAACUCUGCCCCACGCAUUCCACCCACUCAACCCCAACUCGAAACGCCAUCGGGUUUCUCACCGGAACGGCGGACAUCGAAGAAGAUGAAGAAGAUAAUGAGCAGGAGCACGGAAUGUGCGCACAUGAUACUCCAUCGAGGGUGCCGCUCAUCUGCCGGCAGCAGGAGGCGGCAGACUCGCUGGGGUCGCCGGCGCCGCGUUCGCUCUCAUCUGCGACUCUUCGGCGCGCACCGACAGUGCCUGCGACGCUCGUGCUGCUCAUCUUCGCGGGCUACGUGUGUUUGGGUGCAUUCGUCUUCGCCGCGACCAGCGGUUGGACGUUUCUAGACGCAGCCUAUUUUUGCUUCAUAGCGCUCACCACCAUUGGGCUGGGCGAUCGCCUACCUCAAAACCCCGAGAUGAACGCGCAGUUGCAGCUGUACGCAUGCUGUGCGUACCUCUUCCUUGGUCUUGUCGUCGUCGCUAUGUGCUUCAGUCUGGUGCACGACGAACUGGCUGCCCGAUGUCGGCAGUUUGCUGUAAACGUGCGCCUCGUGAAGAAGUAAACUAACUAAAACUAUCAAAAAUAUCGAAUUGUCUUAUCUGAUAAACUGUGAAUAAAUAAAUGCGCCACCGGCGAGCAAUUCGUCGCUUUUGUGGUAAUAACUAUGACGUGGAA